AUGACUGCUGCAUCAGAAUCAAAAGUUAAAUUACCAUCUAUCAAAGAAUUGACAAUUGGGUUACCUACAAAUGUUGAGGCUCAAAGACCUCGUCAAAGCUCAAUUGAAUCAAUAGCUAGUACAAGUCCGCAUCAGGUAUAUUAUCAGCUCAAUCAACCACAACAACAGCAACCACAACAACCUGUUAUAAUAGCAUCACAUCCAGCUGUUUUACCUGCUACUACAAAUGGUUCAAUAUCUUCAAAUUCAUCUAUAUUCGAUAAUGAUCCUAUAAGUUCAAGAAAAUCUUCAACUGCAAGUUCAGUUUCACCACCUUUCCAAUCAUCAACAUAUUCAUUACCAUCAACUACACAACCAAGUUCUCAACAACCUUUAAAACAACAAUUACCUCCACAACAACAUACUCCACCUCAAGGAACAAAUUAUGUUAUAACAACAUCACCUUAUAAUAAAAUUCCAAAUCAAUAUCCAUAUGGAGGUCAAUAUCAAAAUACACAUAUGAAUCCUCACCAAGCUUCACAUUAUUCAUUAUAUCAACAUGGUCAACCUCAUCAACAAGUACAACAUUACCAACCUCAAUUAUAUGAUCAUAAUCCUCAUGUUCAACAUCCACAAUAUCAAACUUAUUCAACUCAUCAUCAUGAUCAAACUUUAAAUUCUCAACCAAAGAAGAAAAGACCAAGAAGAAAAGCAAAUGAAAUGGAAAGAUUAUAUGCAUGUAAUUAUAAUAAUUGUAAAAAUUCUUAUGGUACUCUAAAUCAUUUAAAUGCUCAUAUAACAUUUAAAAGACAUGGACCAAAGAGAAAACCUGAAGAAUUUAAACAAAUUAGAGAAUUAUACAAGAUUAAAAAGAAUAAAUUAGAACAAGCUGCAAAAGAAGCUGAACAAAUUAAACAAACUAUAAAUUCAAAUGAUAGUUCACAAGUUAAAGAUUCUAAAAUCAAAUUAUUAGCAAAUUUAAGUGAAAAUUUCUUUGAUACAAAAGCUGAAAUUGCAGAAUUACCAAUUUUCCAUCAACAAAGAGGUUAUAAUGGAUAUGGUAGACAUAGUUAUACUUUAAAACAAGGUGCUCAAGAAGCUGCUCAAAAUUAA